GGAUCUGUAAACACGCCACGCUGCAUCGUCAUCAGAGGCGCAAAGACCACGAACGCCAUAUUCUAAAGUGAAGAGCAAAGGUUGUGCUGAACUGGAAUAUGUGUAAAGUAUUUGAAGCUUAUCACGCCCUCAUCAUACAAGAGUCAAUUUACCCGCUUUGACAUGGUCGUGAUCCUUGACAUUCUACAGUUCGGAGGACGGUGACUCUAGGGCUGAACUGGCACAUCCACGUGGUGGUAGGGUCAUCGAUGUAGAGUACCUAUGAUCCGGAACAUCAUGAUAAACGCUUCUUUGAGAAAGCCAAGAUUCCCGAAGACAAACGGCCACGUAAGCAGCGACCAGCAACUAGACUGGGAUGACGUCCUGCCUGUACCCAAACUCAGCUUCUCUGUGGCAUCUGUCCUCGUCUUCUGUCUGGCGGUACUGUGUUUCGCGAACAGCCACGAUGCAGGUUUUGUGUAUGACGACCUACGGGCCAUCAUCAACAACCGAGAUCUAAUCCCUGAGACUCCACUAACAGCCAUAUUUGCUCAUGAUUUCUGGGGACAGGAGUUGGAUGAGAAGAGUCACAAGUCCUACAGACCACUUACUGUGAUGACCUUCAGGUGGAACUAUGCCUGGGCAGGGGGCCUUCAUCCUCGGGGAUUCCACGUUGUCAACAUCGUCCUGCACGGCUUGGUGUCGGUCAUCUUCAUGGCAGUAUUCUCUGUCCUUAUGUCUGGUUACCAGGUGGACCAGGAAUUUGCCAGGCCGGUGUUUGCCUCGCCCCGAGCUGCUCUCCUGUGUGCUGUGUUGUUUGCUGUGCAUCCCAUUCACACUGAAAGUGUUGCUGGGGUCGUGGGUCGGGCUGACCUGCUCUGUGCCUUGACCUUCCUUCUAUCAUUCCUCCUGUAUGCCAGAGCCUGCCUCUCGCCUUUAACCCUGGUCAGUUACCGUCCCGAGUCCUUCUCCCUGGUGUCUCUACUGGCCAGUAUGUGUCUGUGUGUCGUGUCCACCUUCUGUAAGGAGCAGGGCAUCACUGUCAUAGUAAGUGUAUUCAGUGUUUCAUCCCUGGUCAGUUACCGUCCCGAGUUCUUCUCCCCUGUGUCUGUACUGGCCAGUAUGUGUCUGUGUGUCGUGUCCACCUUCUGUAAGGAGCAGGGCAUCACUGCCAUAGGUGUUUGUAGUGUGUUUGACAUCAUCGUUGUGUGUCGAGUCGAUCCUUUCCAGUGGUUGUCAUGUAAGAAAUAUGUGUUCAGCACACAUUGUGUCAAGAGCAAGCAUGCAAUGUCUUCAUGGUGGAAAAGUCUCAUCAAGCGCCACCUCAUCCUGUUUCUGACCAGCGUGUCACUCCUCAUAACUCGAAUAAGGAUCAUGGGAUCAACAACGCCCAUAUUCUCAGAGAAUGAAAAUCCACAUUCAUUUGUCAAUGACACAAUGACAAAAAUUGUGAACUACAACUACCUUUAUGCAAUGAACUCUUGGUUGCUGUUGAAUCCAUGGUGGCUGUGUUACGAUUGGUCGAUGGGCUGUAUACCUGUCAUCACCUCAUUGGCUGAUUGCAGGAUCCUGGCAGUCAUAGCUCUCUGGGCUGGGUUUGCUGCCUUGUUUUAUCACUGUUACCAUGGGCACCUCACAAAGGAUCGCAGGAUCCUGAUAACCUCCCUGGCAGUGUUGGGUCUUCCCUUCCUGCCAGCCAGCAACCUGUUUUUCCGUGUGGGCUUCGUGAUCGCAGAGAGGAUCCUGUACCUGUCCUGUGCUGGCUUCUGCAUGUUGGUGGUGCUCGGGGCCAGGCAGAUCUGUCUUCAUCUACAUAAUACUGCCAAACAGUAUACAUCAGCGGGAUUAACGUUUCUCAUCGUGAUAUUUCUGCUACGCUCAAAUCAAAGAUGCAAGGAAUUUAGCGGGGAAUUGGCGCUGUAUACGGCUGCAGUCAAAGUCUGUCCCCUGAAUGCCAAGAUUCACUUCAAUAUUGCAAAAGUGCAGGACAACAAUACAGACACCGCCACCGAUGAAUACAGACUGUCUUUGACGUUGAACCCGAGGUAUGUCUCCGCCAUGAUAAACCUUGCGAUCAUUCUCAGGCAGAGGGGUGACGCAUUGGAGGCCGAGGAACUACUGGAGAGAGCUGUCAGUGUCAGGAAUGACAGCGUAGAUGCUUGGAUGAACCUAGGUGUUGUCCAGUCAGAACUGAAGAAGAAUGACUCGGCAGUGGCCAGCUUUAUGGAGUCUAUCCGACACGGCAAGAAGUGCUCUGACUGCUACUUUAACCUGGGAAAUCUAUAUCGAGACACUGGUCGUCAUACAAAUGCGAUCGCUGCGUGGCAGAAUGCAACACAGAUUAGUCCGACAACACCAGGGGCCUGGAAAAACUACCUCCUGUUCCUAGAGGAUCUGGGGAAGUACGACCAUGCUAUUGAGGUUGGUAAGGAAGCUCUGAAGGCACUUCCUCGUGACACAGACCUGAUAUUCCGCCUGGCCAAUAUUUACAUCCUGGCAGAGAAGUACAAGGAGAGUGAGGACCUCUUCCUGGCUGGUAUACAGAUAGACGAACACAGCGCCCGGUUCCAUCACAAUCUAGGUGUGUUGUAUUACCGAUGGGGAAAAUACGAGAAGGCCAAAAAAUCAGUAACACAGGCAAACCUGCUGUCACCAGACGAUGCUACUAUCCGCUCAAACCUACAACUGAUUAAUAGAAAAGUUGUGGGAAAUAGGAAGUCCCCACAUCUGUGAAACAGACACAUGUAUACGAGAAACACGCAUCUUUGUAUUUUGAUGAAGAAAAGCAAUUUCAAUCAACUUUCACGU